AACGGGUUCGGGAGGAGGUGCGAGACAGUGAAGCAAACAUUCCCACAAACAAACCCCGGAACGUUGCACGUCGCCUCCAUGGCGACCCACCUCGAUAUUCCAUUACCCAGGGUCAAGAGGAAACUUGAAAGAGAUCCUGAAGACAAAAAGGAUGUCAAAAAAAAAUCACGUCUCUGCCCAUAUCUGGACACCAUUAAUCGUCACAUGCUUGAUUUUGAUUUUGAGAAACUAUGCAGUGUGUCCCUGUCUAGAAUCAAUGUCUAUGCCUGUCUAGUAUGUGGCAAAUAUUUCCAGGGACGUGGCCCCAAUACCCAUGCCUACACCCACAGCGUAUCGGAUGGCCACCAUGUUUAUCUCAAUUUGCAGACACUUCGGUUCUACUGUCUUCCUGAUAAUUAUGAGAUCAUUGACUCCUCACUAAAUGAUAUAAUCUUUGUGGUGAACCCAACCUUCUCAAGAGAGUACAUUGCUCAUAAAGUGAACCAGAGCAAGAUGAGUCGUGCGUAUGAUGGCACUUUAUACUUGCCAGGCAUAGUUGGUCUUAAUAAUAUCAAGGCCAAUGACUACUGCAAUGUUGUUCUUCAGGCUUUGUCAAACAUCACUCCUUUACGUAACUACUUCCUCGACCCCAACAACUACAGUCACAUCCAUCAUGCACCAGGCACUCAAGGGUUGGCAAUGUUCCCGCUCAUCAAUAGGUUUGGAGAACUGGUGCGCAAACUUUGGAAUCCCAGGAACUUCAAAGCUCAUGUAUCUCCCCAUGAAAUGCUUCAGGCAGUAGUAUCAUGCAGUAAGAAAAAGUUCCAGUUUACAGUCCAGGGUGAUGCCAUACAAAUUUUGUCUUGGAUACUUAAUUCAAUGCACUUGGGCCUGAAGACUCCCAAACGAAAGAACACCAUCAUCAAUCGCUGCUUCCGUGGAACCAUGAAUAUCUACUCACAAAAGAUCUUGCCAGUGGAAAUAGAUGAGAAAGAAAGAAAGCGGUUAUUGCAGUCUGCAGAAUACCAAGUGAAGAUGGAGGAGAGCCCAUUUCUCUACCUCACCUGUGACUUGCCUCAGCCUCCACUAUUCAAGGAUGAAAAAAAAGAAAACAUCAUACCACAGGUGAGCUUGUAUCUAUUGCUUAGCAAGUUUGAUGGGAAAACAGGAAAGGAAUAUCAGACCUACAAAGAGAGCAUUCUCAAGAGAUUCCAGUUGACAGGACUUCCCCCAUAUCUCAUCUUGUAUCACAAGAGAUUCACAAAGAACACAUUCUACAUUGAGAAAAAUCCGACAAUUGUGAAUUUUCCAGUGAAGAAUAUCGACUUGUCAGAGUAUUUAACUGAAGAGGUGAAGCUGAAACACCCUGAACCUAUCUAUGACUUGGUGGCUAAUAUUGUACACGAUGGAGAGCCCGAGGCUGGCACGUAUCGUUGUCAUAUUUUGCAUAAGGGGACUGGGAAGUGGUACGAGUUGCAGGAUCUUCAUGUGAAAGAGAUUGAGCCUCAGAUGUUAACUCUUACUGAAUCAUACAUUCAGAUAUAUGAAAUGCAGAACUGUAUAGUAAGAUCUCAUGAUAUCAAGAAGGUUACCUGAAACUUUCAAGAGAAUAUAAAUGACAAAAUUAGGACCUGCACUGAUGUGUAGCUGCUGAUUGAAACAAAAUGCUGCGCCUGUGUUGUGCAACUGUAGAAAAUAGAAGUUGAUUUAAAAUAUAGCCUUUAUUUUAAAAUGAAAAUGCUGUUGAACUUUGUAUUAAUUUGCGAGAGGUGACUGGCAUCUCUACAGAUACAGGUACUGUAACUCCCAUGUAAGGAGAGUUAUUAAAUGUUAGUUUGUGCUAUAACACGGCUAAAGAUGACUCCUUUAAGUGAAAUGUCUUUCACGUUAAUGUUUAUAAUAAUUAAAGGGGUUUUUACA